AUGGAUAUCACGGCCGGAUUGAGAAAAUUUCGCAUUAGUUCCGCACCCAAGAGACAGUCCCAACAGCGAGGCUUGUCUCGAAAGUCCCAUACCAAGUCCCGUGGAGGCUGCCAAGCGUGCAAGAGCAGCAGAGUCAAAUGCGACGAGAAUCGCCCCAGCUGCCGCAGAUGCUGCCAGCGCCGGACGCUGUGUGUGUAUGGUGACCCGCAUGCUGCCUGCAAUCAGGCUAGCUUGGAAGAUCACGAGCUUGGCUGGGCAGGCCAUGCGGUAGGCAAUCAUAGUCAUGUCAACAACCGCUUGAAUCUCACCGGAUCCUGGCUUCCUGGUGGACUCUCGCCAGCACCCAAAUUAAUAUAUCUUCUGCGGCAUACUGACAGCUGCCUUGAUGCAACAUUAACGUCUGAAGUUGGCAAAGAGAUAUUCAAUCGGUUUCUGUUACCCAACUGCGCAUCCAUUCCGAUGCUUCAUAAUGCUCUUCUAGCACUUUCGGCUCGACAUCUGCAGCAUCUGCAGCCUGCAAGCACCGGGUACCAAAAGGCGUGCUGGCUUCAUACGCAGACAGCAACACGCUUGCUUAGGGAAGAGCUUGCGCAGCACCCGAGAGUGUUGAGUAAGCUAGACGCUGUCUAUGCCACCGCGCUUCUCCUAAACAUGAUCUCCUUCGCCUCACAUGAGAGAUCGCCAUACGAAUCUUGGGUAUUUCAGCCCACUGCAACGGCUAGGGUAAACUACCUCAGCUGGCUGUCUGUACAAGGUGGACUAGGCUACUUGGCGAGAGUGAUGCAACAAAGCCCGCAGCAAGGCUUCUGGCGCUUGAAAAAUGAAAGACAGAAGCUGCAUGUGUUCGAAGUCCCGCCCGCUACUCGGCAAGAUUUGCCUUUGUCUCAGACUCUGCGAUGUGCGCUGGAAGAUCUAUGUGAUGUCACUACCGGUAGCCGUCCCGACAAUAACCCAUAUUAUGCACCCUUAAGCGUCAUCGCUCCCAUGCUGCAGCGAUACGAGGUAAAUGCCCACAGCACUAACUCAUUGCUGUCAUUCGGGCCUAAGAUCUCUGCAACAUACCGGGAUCUUCUGCUUGAGCGGGAUGAACGGGCGCUGCUGCUCCUGAUGUUUUGGUUGGAGCUUCUCUGCCAAGCAGACGUCUGGUGGAUCACUGACCGCGCCUAUCAAGAGUCUCUGGCUCUUCGACGCGUUUUGAGCUGCAGUGCUGAUAAUCGAGUCCAAAUCAUACUCGCCCUUUGCGAACCAAGUCGUAGCAAAGUUUCGGUCAUGUCUUUCACUUGA